CGAAAGCCGCACGCCUGACGGUCAACUGCUCAAGCCAAAGCCGAACACCACCACCCGCGCAGCCGCCCCCACUUCCCUGCGCGAAUCAGAGCCCGUGACCGUCCCCUCCGUCCGUGCGAUUCGCCGCCGUACCCCACGAGCGAGGUCUCUUCCUCCUCCCUCUCGGCCAGGCCAGCCCCUAGUCUCUGGGUUCCCUUCUUCUUCGCCGUCGCCGCCGUCGCAGGAGGGGAAGGAGGACACAUCGCCAUGGCGGGCAGGCUCCUGGCGAAUCUGAUCGUCAUGGGCGGAACCGUGGUGGGCAGGGCCAUGCUCCAGGCCUACCGCCAGGCCAUCGUCAAUGCAAACAAAACUGGAGCUGCCCAAGAAGCUAUAAAUGGUAUUAGACGAGCUAGCAAGGCCAUGACUGAGCAAGAAGCCCGGCAAAUUCUCGGUAUCAGUGAGAAAUCAACGUGGGAAGAGAUUGUCCAGAAGUAUGACACAAUGUUUGAGAGGAAUGCCAAGAAUGGGAGCUUCUAUCUCCAGUCAAAGGUUCAUAGAGCGAAAGAAUGCCUGGAACCUUUAUAUCAAAAGCCUGAUGUACUGAACUGAGAUUAGGUGCCCUACCUUCCGUUUGAAGCAGUAUGCCUAAUUGAUCGAUUUGCCAGUGCGCCCAGAGAUCAUCUUUCAGCGUUGAGUUAUGUGUUGGGCGCAUCAGGUUGAUUGGUUGUAAUGCCAGAAUAAUGUUUAACAAAUAUACAAAAUUUUGGCUGAUUCUCAUUGGCAACGCCUCAGUUACUGUGGCUGUAAUUCGUAGUAUGUUAGUUGGCUGUGAUGGGAUAAUUUUUGUUUUAGACAACAGGUCCCAUUUUUGCCUUUGUGUUGAGAGGUGUCUUUGCUGCGCUAGAAUAAUCAUUGUUUCAAAUUUUUUUUUUUGACAUGCUACGAUCAAAGGCUAUGCAGGAUCAACGCUGCUGGUUGCUGUGUGCUACA